CCCAUUCUUCUUGCACAGGGUGAAGCCAGCGGGGAUGGGAGCCUAAUUCUGUCCCGACAUCCCAAAAUACAGGAGAGCUGCUUCCCAACCCCUGGCGGCACCGAGCCCACCGCCCCAUGGCUGCUGCCGACCCCACGCUGCCACUGGAGGAGGUGGCUCUGCUGGAGCUGGGGAAGGCGGCCCUCCCCGACGAGGAUCCUCCGGCCCCAGAUGAUCACCAUGGGGAUCCCGAUGCCACUCUGCUGUGGGACCAGCGCCAGCACGGCGCACGGGGGCAGCCGGAAGCCACAGAGACCAAAAGGCGCUCGAGCCCCGAGGGGGCCCGUGAUGACCCUGAAGAGGGAACUCCUGCCUGCCCCCCCCCUGAGGCUGAUGGGGAGGAAGAUCCCAGGCUUCCCGUGAUGGCAGCACACGUCUUUGUGCCCAUUGACCUCCACUGCAUCGAGCAGACACCCGGGGAGCAGAAGAAGCAGCAGCACCCGCAGCCCCGGGAGGAGGGCAGAGGGGGCUGUGUUCCCCCCAGGGACGGACCCAAAAGCAUCCUCCCAAAGCAGGCCCUCCUCCCCGCCAGCCCCUCGCGUUACCGGGGCCCGCUGGUCUUUGAGGGGCAAGCGGCCAAGCUGCCAGCCGAGGGGCCGCCGUGCCCCUGUGCCAGGGUCUGCAGCACCGCCACCCUCAAGGCUGUGGCCUCGGUGGUGGGGGCUCUGUUCCUCUGCCCCUGCCUCAUUUAUGGCGCCUACGUCUUCCUGCCCUUUGACGCGCCGCUCCUGCCCACCAUCAGCACACGGCUGGUCUACACGCUGCGCUGCGCUGCCUUCGCCACCGUCCCCAUCGUCCUGGGGAUGAUCGUCAGCGGCAUCUCACGCCUCUGCUCCUCAGCACUGGAGCCCUUUGGAAAGCUGCAGCGGGAGGUGGAGAUCCAUCGGACCUACGUCUCCCAGUCCGUCCACCUCUUCAUCCUCUACUUCUUCAACAUGGCCGUGCUGGCCACAUACCUCCAGCAGGAGCUGCUCAAGCUCAUCCCCCUCUUCACGGGGCUCUUUGCCAUCUCCCGGUAA